AUGUCCCCCUCGAGCCAUAAUAUCCGCCAGAUCGCGUCCUCGUCGUUUCGUCGCGAGGCCACUCGCACUUUCGAGGCCAUCGACCUCAACAGGGACGGAAAAAUCUCCGUCCACGAGCUCGCCACGCUCCUGUCCCGGCUGGACAACCUGGCAUGUAAAGCAGCUGCUGGGUCGAACCCUGGACUGUGCGGUAGUGGUGAUUUGCUUGAGGGGGCAGGCGGUGAUUUGAUUGGCUUCGCGGAGGAGGUGAUUCGCCAGGCUGACGUGGACGGCGACGGAAUGAUCGAUUUUGAGGAGUUUUUGCUCUCGGCGCGCGCAGGGCCGUCCCUUUUGGGCGAAUACUUCGUCUCGGUUCCAUCGUCCGAUGAAGAGGAGGAAUCAGAAUCGGACGGUGGAAGUGACUCAGAAGAGGACGUGAGGGAAGGCGAUUUGGCCCGCGCGUUUGAGGUUUUUGACCGAGACAGCAACGGGGUUAUAACCGCGGAGGAGCUACAGUUCGUGAUAGGUGUUUUGAACGGGGAUGAUAUGACCAUGGAGGACUGCAAACGGAUGAUAAAGAGGGUGGACACUAACGGGGAUGGAUGUGUGGAUUACAGCGAGUUCAAGGCCAUGAUGGCUGGAAUCUUCGAUUGA